AUUGGAGAUGGUCCACUGGGCCACCCAGUGGUUGACAUGUGUCUGGCUCCAGACUGUCCUGGCCUCCGCGUUGGACACCUGUCCCUCCACAGCCCCUAGCCCUGUCAACUUCUCUGUGGUCUACAUCAUGCCCUUCUUCCAAACAAAGAGCCCCAUCCAAAACAUAGUGACCAACUCAAUGUACCAGGAAGUGUAUGUGGCAUCUCAGAAUGUGAUUGAAGCUGUGAACAUGAGUUUGGAGAAGGUGUGGGAGCUUCCUACAGGCCCAGUGGGCAGCCCUGAGUGUAAGAUUUGCGAUUUGUGUGACGUUGACAAGGAUCCCAGCUUCCUAGAGAACACAGACAAUGAGGUAUUGUUGUUGGAUACGUUCUUUAUGUAUUUAUACUCUUGUGGGAGUUCUCAAUAUGGUGUGUGCCAUUUUCACCAACUUAAGACAGAUGGACAACCACCCAAUAAGAAUUCUUCAAAAUGUUUAUUCAGAAAAGAAUCUAACUCUGCUGCCUAUUGCCCUGACUGCCUUGCCAGCCCGCUGGGCACCAAAGUCACCAUGGUGGAGGAGGGGCAGACUGUAUACUUUUUUGUGGCUGCCACCGUCAAUGACAGUGUUACACAGAGAUAUGGCAGGAAGUCCAUAUCAGUGCGCCGACCAUUGGCAACAGAAGAUGGGUUCUACAGCGACGUGCGGGGACUGACCGUUCUGCCUAGCCUGCGCAGGACCUACAACAUUGAGUAUGUCUACAGUUUCUUCACCCAGGAGUUUGUCUACUUCCUGUCCGUCCAGAGAGAGAGCCCUGACCAGGAGUUCUCCCCAUUUCAGACUCGGCUGGGCCGCCUGCCGAGGAGCGAGUGGGAGAUGAGAAGGUACCGGGAGGUGGUUCUGGAGUGCCGUUUUGAACCCAAGCGGAGGAGGAGGAGGAACACGGUGAGCGGGAGCGAGGCCUUUAAGGAUGUGGUUUACAAUGUGGUGCAGGCAGCCCACUUUGGGAAGGCAGGCAGGGAGCUGGCAGAUGAACUAGGGGCAGAGGAAGAGGAUGACAUCCUGUAUGGAGUGUUCGCUGUCACAGAUGACAAUGGGGUCACAGAGCACGACUCAGCCCUCUGUGCCUUUCCCAUGGACAACGUGAACAAGGCCAUCGAUGACGGGGUGGAUGACUGCUGUAAGUCUGGCCCAGAGCAGCUGUCCCGGGGACUGUGCCACUUCCAGGCCUGCGAGAGCUGUCCUCAUGAGGUGAGUUCACCAGUCCACCCAUUCAACACUCACACAGGUUUCUUCAGAGAGGUGUUGGUAAAUUGUGUGAUAUACUGUAUGUAUACUCAGUCUGUUCAGUAUGUCUCCACAAUGCAUAUAAACUCUCAUGCUGAUAUAUAGCAUGAGAGUUUUUCGCUUACAGGCUUACUUCACUCAAAUAUUUGUGACAGGCCGAGUUAGUUAGUUUGUCUGCUUGAGCAGCCCAGAGAGGAAGCCCAGAUGCGUACUUACUUGCCUGGCUGGACUUGCAAGAUGGACACUUGGAUGUCUGUGAAGUCAGCGAGAGUGGGUGAUCCAGUGAUAACAUAAAAAAACAGUUUUACAAAAGUAUGAAACAGUGUGAAGGAUAAUGAGUGGACCAGGAGACAAGUGGGAGCUGUCUAGAGGACUGGAACAUUCUGUACUACUCUUAUGGCAGGAAUCCAGAUUAUUUUAAUUACUCUCAUUCCUGUGUAGAUGAAGAUAUAAGAUAAUGUGUAUAUUCUACAGUGCAUUCGGAAGGUAUUCACACCCCUUGACCUUUUCCACAUGUUGUUACGUUACAGCCUUAUUCUAAAGUGGAUUAAAAAAAUAAAAAAAUACCGGUCUACACACAAUACCCCAUAAUGACAAAGCAAAAACAGGUUUUUAGAAAUGUUAGCAAAUUUAUUAUUUACCUGUGGUAAAUUCAAUUGACUGGACAUGAUUUGAAAAGGCACACACCGGUCUAUAAAAGGUCCCACAGUUGACAGUGCAUGUCAGAGCAAAAACCAAGCCAUGAGGUCGAAGAAAUUGUCCGUAGAACUCCGAGACAGGAUUGUGUCGAGGCACAGAUCUGGGGAAGGGUACCAAAAAAUGUCUGCAGCAUUGAAGGUCCCCAAGAACACAGUGGCCUCCAUCAUUCUUAAGUGGAAGAAGUUUGGAACCACCAAGACUCUUCCUAGAGCUGGCCGCCCGGGCCAAACGGAGCAAUCGGGGGAGAGGUGCCUUGGUCAGGGAGGUGACCAAGAACCCGAUGGUCACUCUGACAGAGCUCCAGAGUUCCUCUGUGGAGAUGGGAGAACCUUUGAGAAGGACAACCAUCUCUGCAGCACUCCACCAAUCAGGCCUUUAUGGUAGAGUGGCCAGACGGAAGCCACUCCUCAGUAAAAGGCACAUGACAGCCCGCUUGGAGUUUGCCAAAAGACACCUAAAGGACUCUCAGACCAUGAGAAACAAUAUUCUCUGGUCUGAUGAAACCAAAAUUGAACUCUUUGGCCUGAAUGCCAAGCGUCACAUCUGGAGGAAACCUGCAACCAUCCCUACGGUGAAGCAUGGUGGUGGGCUAGUGGCAGCAUCAUGCUGUGGGGAUGUUUUUCAGCGGCAGGGUCUGGGAGACUAGUCAGGAUGGAGGGAAAGAUUAACGGAGCAAAGUACAGAGAGAUCCUUGAUGAAAACCUGCUCCAGAGUGCUCAGACUGUGGCGAAGGUUCACCUUCCAACAGGACAAAGACCCUAAGCACAUAGCCAAGACAACGCAGUAGUGGCUUCGAGACAAGUCUCUGAAUGUCCUUGAGUGGCCCAGCCAGAGCCCGGACUUGAACCCGAUCGAACAUCUCUGGAGAGACCUGAAAAUAGCUGUGCAGCGACGCUCCCCAUCCAACCUGACAGAGCUUGAGAGGAUCUGCAGAGAAGAAUGGGAGAAACUCCCCAAAUACAGGUGUGCCAAGCUUGUAGCGUCAUACCCAAGAAGACUCAAGGCUGUAAUCGCUGCCAAAGGUGCUUCAACAAAGUACUGAGUAAAGGGUCUGAAUACUUAUGUAAAUGUUAUAUUUCCGUUUUUUUGUAUUUAUAAAUUAGCAAAAAUGUCUAAAAACCUGUUUUUGCUUUGUCAUUAUGGGGUAUAAUGUAUAGCUUGAUGAGGGGAAAAAACGAUUUAAUCCAUUUUAGAAUAAGGCUGUAACGUCACAAAAUGUGGAAAAAGUCAAAGGGUCUGAAUACUUUCCGAAUGCACUGUUUGUGUGAUUUUAAUUUCAGAUGAUCUUUUUCAUGAUGCAAUUGCUUCACAAAUCCGAUUUUUCUGUCCUGGGCAUACAUGUAUUGCCCAGUUUAAAGGAUUUGCAUCAUGUUGUGUUGGAGUUCUUCUGCUCUGCCUCGGGUAGUUGAUCCACUAUAUCUCACAAAUGUCCAGAUGAAAUCCAUAAGGCUUCAUCAAAAUUCUUCUGUUGUCAGCUAAUAUUUUGUCUUAUUUUGUCUAUUCAACUUAGUGAAUAGCAUUGGUGUUUAGUAUGAGGGUUUCAGCAUGAAAUAUCCUUUAUAUAUUUUGUACACACUUUUGUUCAUUUUACAAUGUCAAUAUGUAUUUUUUGUUAAUGUUUUGGCAUCAAACCGGUGGCAGUUGUGAAAAAAGUCAAUAUUUUGAAGAGUUAAUAAUGCCAUUGUUGAUUAGAUGCUUUUUUCAUUAAAAAGGCUAUUUUCUCUUGAACCAUAUGGCCUAUCUACUAGAAACUCAUGGACAAUAUGGACACCGAUAUAAAAAAUGAAUACUAUAUAUGAAUAUAUAUAUUUUGUAAGUUAUUCAAGUAUAAAUUACAAAAGUUACCAUAUAUUGCCAUAGAUUUUCUGUUCAUUACCAAAAUAACUGAAGAUUCCGGUAACUUUCGUAAACUACCGGUAGCUUUGCAACCUUACUCCUGACUCCUUGACUCUUCUUGGGAGCAAUCAAUUUGUCCGGAAGCUUUUUUUUAGGAUGGAAAACUGCUUUAUGGAAAAAGGACACACCAUUAUUCCAACACAAGAAAACAGCUGAAAAGGAACCGGAUUUUGGACAGAGGCCAACGUAUUUGGGAGUUAGUUAGCUUUUAAACUUGUUUCCAGAUAUGUGUCUUUGAAUAAAUCUCUCAUGGCACAUGAACUUUAACAGUGCCUUUGGCAAUGUUCUAUUGUCAGUCAAAUGAAUUUGAUGCCUCAUUAAUCUGGAAAUUAAACAACAUUUUUGAUUGUUUUAUAUAUAUAUAUUUUUUUUAUUGCGUAAGACUAAGAAUAUCAGCAAAUAGGCAUAGCUGAAAACGUGCCAGUGAGUGUCAUUAUGACAUCUCAUUUAACUCCGUAAACAUUCCCAGACCUCUACAGAUCUCUGGUUCUGACAUUCUUUUGUUAAAUUGGGUAAAAUACAAUGUUUUGUGCAGUAGCGGUGCAUGGGUAACAUUACUGAGGAAGCCAAGCCAGGAAAAAAAGCCAUAUUACAACCUAUGUGUUGUGAUAAUUGCGUUGUUUGCUCUAUAACCUGUUAGUUCAUAUCCUUUGUCACCGUGAUAUACAGUACCAGUCAAAAGUUUGGACACACCUACUCAUUCAAGGGUUUUUCUUAAUUUGUACUAUUUUUUACAUUGUAGAAUAAUACUGAAGAUAUCAAAACUAUUAAAUAACACAUAUGGAAUCAUGUACUAACCAGAAAAGUGUUAAACAAAUCAACAAAGACUACCAUUCAAAAGUUUGGGGUCACUUAGAAAUGUCCUUGUUUUCGAAAGAAAAAGCAAUUUUGUUGUCCAUUAAAAUAACAUCAAAUUGAUCAGACAUACAGUGUAGACAUUGUUAAUGUUGUAAAUGGCUAUUGUAGCUGGAAACGGCUGAUUUUUUUAUGGAAUAUCUACAUAGGCGUACAGAGGCCCAUUAUCAGCAACCAUCAGUCCUGUGUUCCAAUGGCACGUUGUGUUUGCUAAUCCAUGUUUAUAAUUUUAAAAGGCUAAUUGAUCAUUAGAAAACUAUUUUGCAAUUAUGUUAGCACAGCUGAAAACUGUUGUGCUGAUUAAAGAAGCAAUACAACUGGCCUUCUUGAGACUAGUUGAGUAUCUAGAGCAUCAGCAAUUGUGGGUUCGGUUACAGGCUCAAAAUGGCCAGAAACAAAUAACUUUCUUCUGAAACUCGUCAGUCUGUUCUUGUUCUGAGAAAUGAAGGCUAUUCCAUGCGAGAAAUUGCCAAGAAACUGAAGAUCUCGUACAACGCUGUGUACUACUCCCUUCACAGAACAGCACAAACUGGCUCUAACCAGAAUAGAAAGUGCGUGCGUGCGUGCGUGCGUGCAAGUAGAAAAAAACAUGUUGACUCACCCAGAAAUGCCAAUGCCAUCCUCCUCUCUUUCAUGACUUUGUCAUACAGUACACACUUUUAGUUUUUGUUGUCCUAGGCUACCUGGUUAAAAUCCUUGCUCGCUAGCCUAACUUCCUUUCAUGGGCAACGAUGCGCCAGGCCAGCUAGUUUAACAUUAGCCUACUACAUCUAGCUACAUAUUGAACUGAGUUGAACAAUUGCAGUUUUUUCUGUAAAUUACGUUUGGCUUGUGAUUGGUGUGAAGCCAAAUCCAAGCUGUCUUCCCUUGACACUUUUUUUUGUUCCGCCAGUUUAGCUCAAUGCUGAUUUGCUAUUAUUUUUAAAAAUUAUUAUCAAGGGAGGCCAAAUGCUCGCUGGCUUCCCUUGCAUUCAAUGCUAUGGGGGCAACAAUGUCAUACUCUUUUUGGCCAAACAGCAUCAGAUAGAUGGCCUACACAUACUGAGACAGAGGGGUGCUCUUUCGCUCACUCGAAUGCUUUCUCCGGUGAGAUACAUUCAGCCUCCUGCGAACUGAAGGAAAAUUAUGAAACACAGAGAGACGAAAGAUAAAUUAAAUAAAUACAAAUUAUUGGUACAUUUUUGGGGGAAGCCGGGCCAUGAACUUCCUUGAAUGUGGAAUGUUCCUGUAAGGCCGUUAAAGAGUUUGACUUUUGGACACAUUAUGUGCAUCAGAUUUGCCUCAAUUUAGGGGUUCCAAUUAUAUUGAAGAUGGAUGACUGCUUGAAAUGUUAAGUCUUUGCCAGAUUCAUAAACAAAGUGUUAUGCCAAAUUAAGAACUUGCCAAUGAACUCCUGUGCUCACGGAACAUCGAUAUAUCAUUGAAAUAUUAUUGCGUAGGGAUUAGGGAAUUAACAAACAUAGUUUAUAUGUUAAUCCAAGUGUCAUGAAACUUGUGGGAGGAAAAAUGGAUGUGGCUUUCAGGCAGAUUUGACCUGGAGAUGAACUAUUAUGGAAUGAUGUCAGAUGUCGUUAGCUGAAAACUAAGAGCAGCUCAAGACCAAACAUGUUGAUAGUGUAGUUUUCUCCACUAUUAGUCACACUUAGCAUUAAAUGGGUAGAUUAAUGAUAAUCCUUCAUUAGAUUCUCAUUAUGCAAAAUUGCAAUUCCAGGUGAAGGUAACUGAGGCCACCUCUACCAUGUUUUACAGUACUUUUCUGUUCCUGUGUGUUUUCACAAUUCAGGGCAGGAGUGGCCUGCCAGCUGGAAUUUACAGGAAUCUAAAAUCCUGGCCCCUCCCUCUCCAACAGUAGCUCACAGCUGAUACCAAUAACCCUGCUUCUCACAAGAACAACUACACUUCCUUUUAGUGUCAUUAUCUGUUGUGUAGUAGGUAUUAUUGAAGUGGGUAUAUUUUGUUAUGUGGUCAGAUGACUUGAAAGCAGAGCUCUUUGUCCACACAUACCAGUGGUGGGUUUGGCGUCGAAAAAUGGAUGCAUGUGCAAAAAAUAACCUCAUACCUACUGCAAAAUAUUGUGGUGGAAUCUUUGAUGUUAUGGGACUAUUUUGCUUUCACUGGUCCUGGGGUCCUUGUUAAGGUCAAUGACAUCAUGAACUUUACCAAGUACCAGGACAUUUUAGCCAAAAACCUAGUUACCUCUGCCAGGAGGCUGAAACUUGGCCACAAGUGGAUCUUCCAGCAAGAAAAAUAACCCCAAACCCACAACAAAAUCCACAAAGAAAUGGUAAAUUGACCACAAAUCAACACUUUGUAAUGGCCAUCUCAGUCUCCGGACUUGAACCCCAUUGAAAACCUGUGUUUUGAAUUGAAGAGGGUAGUCCAUAAAUGCAGACUAAGGAUAUCAAGGAUCUGGAAAGAUUCUGUAUGGAGGAAUGGUCUAACAUCCCUCCUAAUGUGUUCUCCAAUCUCAUAAAACAUUUGAGAAAAAGGCUCAGUGUCGUUAUCCUCGCAAGGGGAGGUUAUUAGUUGUUAAACAAAAUCUCUGACCAAUUGUAUUAGUGUCAAAAUAAUAAAAAUAAUUAAAUGUAUUACAUUUUUUGCUCAUCUUUAUCAAGGGUGCCAAUAAUUUGGGACCUGACUGUAUAAUUUGAAGUCUAUUUCAGUGUACUUUUACUGGCCCAUGGCAUUGACGGCUUAUUAUUGUCUGGUCUUUGCCACACUGUCUGCCCUCUACCUCCAGCACGCCCAGAUGUUAUGAAACCAUGGAAACAAACCCACCUUAACCAAUCUUUUCCUAGUACAGUAUUGUGGGAGAAAACAAUUUAAAAAAAAAUAAGUUCCAGAGACAGUCAGAAAAAACACUCUGAUCCUACGGCAUAUUCAAUUUUGUGUCAGUAGAACAGAUUCUGAUUCCCAAACACCACAAGCAGUUCUGUUGAACUAAUGAGCAUAUACAGUUCCUAGGCUAUAUCCUUGUUCUUCUAGUUUUUCAUUCAACUGCAUUUUUGGAGAAUUCCUAAUUUGCACAACAGCUUGUGUGCAUAUUCAUGACUGUUGUAACUUGAAAUCUGAGACAAUGAUUGCUUCUUUAUCAUGUUAUUUGUACCUCUUUAGAUGGAUCAAAUAAUAGGUUUAAUUGUACCACGUCAGAAUGAUCACUAGAAGGAGUAGUGAGAGCUAUGAAUCACUGUGGGUCUUUGGCCUCUGAGGCCAGACACCAUUGUGGUUCAUUCAGGAAGCUGAAGCAGAACCAAGGUUUUCUGAACCCAUGAGGAAGGUGGGCAAAAUGAAUCAAUAAAGAUGCACAGAAUAGAACUGACAUAAUAAUAGCAUCAGAAAUGUGAACACAAUUUGUACAUGGAUCAUGAUACUGUAAUUAUUUUUCUGCUUUCUGUUAUUUACACUCUCAGAAAGAAGGGUUCCAAAAGUAUUAUUCGGUUCCAGGUAGAACAGUUUUGGUUUCUGGUAGAACCCUUUUUGGUUCCAGGUAGAACCUUUUUGUGUUCCAUGUAGAACCCUCUGUAGAAAGGGUUCUACAUGGAACCCAAAAGGGUUCUACCUGAAACCAAAACGGUUCUACCUGGAACCAAAAAGGGUUCUUCAAAGGGUACUCCUAUGGGGACAGCCGAAGAACCCUUUAAGGUUCUAAAUAACACCUUUUUUUGUUAUCUAAAUAUUGUGUAUGUAGUUUUUAAUGUUAUUAUUUGAAGAGCACAAGUAGAUUUAUUUACGCAGUGUCCUUCAUACCCCUUAGUGUCCUCUGUUUGCAGCCCAGAAUGAUUCUGAUAGAUUCAUACUACUCAUGGUUUCCUGACCAUGAAAAACUCUGGGCCCUUGUUAUGGGCUAUAACUAGGACCCAACAUGUUUUCCUGGUCUGGGCCCGUGGUCAGAAAAAACUCCUGGCCCUACUAAAAACAUACAUCAUCUCCCUAUCUACUAUGGCCUAUCUCCCUGUGACUAGAGCAUGGAGAACAACGCCACCUGCAGGGACCACCCCACCAUGGUGUCUAAGCCUUACUACAGAGUGGACCUCUUCAACAAGCAGAUGAAUGACAUCCUGCUCACCUCACUGCUGGUCACCACCAUCGAGAACAAGACCGUGGCUCACAUUGGCACCUCCACUGGACGGCUCCUGCAGGUAUGGAGGGGGACAGAGAGCUCACAAUAGUGUGAUCCUGAUCCAUUUGAUCUAAUCCAAGAUGGAGUUAAAUGAAAAAUGUGAACACAGUCCUGCCCUUCUUUGAUAGAUUACUAACGAUCUGCUCUGUCUUUUGGCAGCUUGUUUUGAGAAGAUCAAGCCCUACUAUCUUUGCCAAUUACACCUUGGUAGAGAACCAGAGGGUCUCCUCCAUUGCUGCUGUGUACUCGUCAGAAUCUCUACUGUUUGUGGUUGGAGACAAGGUAUGGAAAAGCCUGUUCAAAAUCAGUUACAGGUAGCAAACACACAGCAAUCAAAGUGACUCUUUGAUUGAAUCAAAGUUAAUCAAAUCUCUCUUUGGCUGGCAGGUGAUCCAGGUGCCACAGAGGGGGCCAGGCUGCCAGCACUUCAUGACCUGUGCAAUGUGCCUGAUGGCCCCUGAGUUCAUGGGCUGUGGCUGGUGCUCUGGAGAGUGCUCCUGGGAGGAGGAGUGCAGUGGCCGCUGGAGGAAUGAGUCUUGCCCUCCUGGAAUCACCGGGGUGAGAAGAACUGGGGAGAGGGAUGUGUUUGUUUAAUGCAGUUUAGAUUGGAGCAAUUAGCUACCCACCAAUACCAUGUUCCUGUUUGGUUUAGUUCUUCCCCAAGAUGGCUCCCCCUGAUGGUCAGUCAGAGCUGACUCUGUGUGGCUGGGAGUUCCAGUCUCCCCUGAGGCCUGCCAUCAGCUCCAGAACCCACCUGGUCAGACUGGGACAGACAGCCUGCGCUGUGCUGCCACUGAGGAGCAACAACACACAGUAGGCUUUUUCACACUGCAUUGUUCUUCGCCCAGGGCUUUCCUUAGCCCCAGGCUAAUACUGGCCCUGGGUUAACUUAGCCUGUGUUCACACAAGCAGGGCUAACCGAAACCAACUGUCACUUUUCUGGAGUAGAAUAUUCAAAUUAGGUAACAGUGGAACUCUGUGAUUGGCUAGCCCCAAAAAGUCGUUGCUAACACUGCUCCAGAGCAGGGCCAGCUAGUCCUGGGCCAAGGUUGGUGCUAGCCCACUUUAGAAUGUUUAAGUGUGGAUACUCUCUUAGCCCUGGGCUGUGCAAGUUUGAACACUCAGUGAGUACCACUCACAAUGACAGAGAUACACAGUGGAUCAUAUAAGCAAUAUUGACAUACACUGAGCAUACCAAACAUUAGGAACACCUUCCUAAUAUUGAGUUGCACCCCCGUUUUUGCCCUCAGAACAACCUCAAUUCGUCGGGGCAUGGACUUUACAAGGUGUCGAAAGCGUUUUACAGGGAUGCUGGCACACGUUGACUCCAAUGCUUCCCACAGUUGUGUCAAGUUGGCUGGAUGUCCUUUGGGUGGUGGACCAUUCUUGAUACACACGGGAUGCAUUGCAGUUCUUGACACAAUGCAGUGCGCCAGGCACCUACUACCAUACCCUGUUCAAAGGGCACUUAAAUUAUUUGUUUUGCCCAUUUACCCUCUGAAUGGCACACAUACACAAUCCAUGUCUCAAUUGUCUCAAGGCGUCAUCUACACUGAUUGAAGUGGAUUUAACAAGUGACAUCAAUAAGUGAUCAUAGCUUUCACCUGGAUUCACCUGGUCAGUCUAUGUCAUGGAAAGAGUUCUUAAUGUUUUGUAUACUCAGUGUAUAUGGUAGGUUUAUUAUGUGUAGCUAGGUUUUACUCAAAUAGUAUGGGCCAGUAAUGCAACAUAGAUUUUAAUUCAACUGAAAUGGGUUUAUGUCUCAUGGUGAUUUCUGCUGCGUCAAUGUUAGUUUGACACUGACAUGUUGAUGAGCCUGUUGUUGUGCCGCCCCUUAGCCUGGUGUGUAAGAUUCGCUCUGGGGCCAUUGAGCUGUCCAAACCAGUUAACAUCACUGUGGAGGUGCAAGAGGGGAAGGUGGACGGCCGCUACUCCAUCGACGGGAAAGCAGAGAUGCCAGGAUUUACCUUUGUGGUAAUUUGAACCUACCAUUGAUUUAACUGCUUAGUUGUAGUUGGGUGAUUCAUUUGAUUAUGCCUCAGUUAAUAAUAAAAUAUAUUAUUGCAUGUAACAAUAAUACAUGCAAUAAUAUAUCACAAGAUAUAAACAGGUCACCAUGACUGAGCUCAAUGCCAUCAUCGGGGUACGUGGGCUUCCCAAUCUGCCUCUCACCGUGUGUACAUUUUUUUUUACAUCUUCAUUUAUUAAACAUCAGCUAGGCCAGGGACAAACCUGCAUUAACGUGACUACUGACUACACAUUCUAAUGUAAUGUUUAGAACUACCUGUAUCUAGCAGCUGGCCUUGCCAGGUCUUGUCUGGCAACAGUUACACUGAUUAGCAGACACAGGACAGUGAAUUACACAUUAUUACAAAGUAAUAUGAAUUACAGAGUAUUAAUGUAGUUCAGUCUCCACCUACUGCAGGUUUGUCUUUGUCAUGGAUUAUUUUUGUCUGAUUUGUAAAGGACAUGUUAUUAUUGUUAUGUUGUUCCCAUGGGAGGCCAGUAUAAAAAAUUUAAAAAUAAAUAAAAUGUAUGCACCCACUAACUGUAAGUCGCUCUGGAUAAGAGCGUCUGCUAAAUGACUAAAAUGUAAAUGUAAAACAUUUAUAAUAUUGUAAAUAUCAAGUGAGUUUGGAAGUAUCCUCGGUUGUACAUACAAAGUCACCAUCACUCUUUCAGGGGUACUUUAUGAAUGGCCUUAUGAUUAAAUUGGUGACAUUUUGCGCCCAAUGGCAGAUUCCCAACAUCACAGAGAUCCAGCCGAACUACGGGCCUCGUGUUGGGGGAACUCUGAUCACUGUGACUGGGCCUCACCUGGAUGCUGGGAAGACCAGAAGGGUCACUCUGAACGGAGAGCCCUGCCCAAUCACCAGGUGGGCAGAUGCAGUUACUGGUUAUGUCAUUAUGUCUCUCCUGUGAUGGUUUCACCCAAAGCCUGUUUUCUCUAACCUGUACCUAAAAUACCUGACUGUACACAAAAAAAGGGUUCCAAAUUGUUAUUUGGCUGUUCCCAUAGGAGAAUCCUUUUUGGUUCCAGGUAGAACCUUUUUUGGUUUCAGGUAGAACUCUUUUGGGUUCCAUGUAGAACCCUCUGUGGAAAGCAUUCUACACGGAAGCCAAAAGGGUUCUACCUGGAACCAAAAAUGGUUCUUCAAAGGGUUCUCCUAUGGGGACAGCUGAAAAACCAUUUUAGGUUCUAGAUGGCACCUUUUUUCUAAGAGUUUAUGACAUCAUUCACUAUCUACUAUUUACCUGUGUGAGCCCCAUGCUUAUCCCAGCAUUUGUUUGUACAGUAAUGUCAGUAUUAGAAACUGAUUGCGAUCUGACUGUGCUCGGACUACUUUAAAAAAUACACCUUUCAAUUACAGAGAGUGAAUAAAAAAAACUAGUAGUUUUGAUGACUAACUCACUGAGGAGGAUAUUAUAUUUAUUUCAAAUAUACGACCGGUAUAUAUUUUAAGUAGUAUGUUGAACUUUUUAAUGUGUCAAAUGUGAUUAACACAGAAAGCCACAUGUAGAGUGAGGUGAACCUAAAUCCUACAGUAUAGCUUGUAGGAGUACUAACCCUGGACUUCCUCCCUACUCCACCUGUCUCCAGUGUCACAGCGCCCAGAGGGAACAUGUCCUCCAUCAUCUGUCUGUCUCAGCCCAUCUCAGAGGUGAGGGACGUCCCCCUCAGUGUGUUCAUAGACAAGUCCCCCAUCCUCACCACCAAGGUCUUCUACUACAAAGAGAACCCAGAGGUCACAGACGUCCUCCCAGACUGCAGUUUUGACAGGUAGGCCAAGCCAGUGAGGCUUCUUCAAUAUAUGGAAUGUGUCACCAUCUCAACCAAAAGAUGGGCUGCCGAGUGGCACAGCGGUCUAAGGCACUGCAUCUCAGUGCUAGAGGCGUCACUACAGACCCUGGUUCGAAUCCAGGCUGUAUCACAAUCCGGCCGUGAUUGGCCCAGCGUCGUCCGGGUUUGGCCGGUGUAGGCAGUCAUUGUAAAUAGGAAUUUGUUCUUAACUGACUUGCCUAGUUAAAUAAAGGUUAAAUAAAAAGUUAAUAAAAUAAAUAAAAGACAAGGUGGAUCAAUCUAAGUCCUCCUGCUGGGUCUCUGUAGAAUCUGCUAAAAAUUAUUCUCUCUUCACUCUCCAUUAUUUUUCUCUGUCGACUCCAGGGGGUCAAAGAUAAUCAUUGAAGGGAAGAACUUGGACUCUGUAUACAGGACCAUCAUCCGCUUUAGGCCCAAAGAGAGCCACCUGAAGCCUGUCACCAGAGUAAGAUCUCGUUGUAAGAUUAUACAACCACAUACUGUGUACAUGAUAGAGAUAUUUUUUUUUAGCUCUAUGUAUACAUAAUAUAAUCAUAUGCAUACAGCUAUUUUAUAAUUCCCUCCAGGAGUGCAAAGGCAAAUCGUUGCCCACACGAAUGGAGUGUAUAACCCCUGCUUUCCCCCGGGAAGAGACAGAGGAAGGGGAGCUCUCCUUUGACAUGGAUGGAGCUGUUGGACUGUGGAAUGGAGAGUUCUUCUACCACCCCUAUGGCGAGCCCAUACCCUUUGAAACUGAGGGCCAUGUACUUAGGCUGUACCCUGGACAAGAUGAAGUGUCACUACAUGUAAGUGCAACGGUACCAUAACAACAAAAUGUUAAUGGUGUCAUGUCUAUUUGACUGCCACUUACUAUCAGAAGGAGUAAGAAUAUAGUUUUUAUUGCUUGCAUACUGUUUAAACCUUUUCAAGAAGAAAAACUCAGAAGUCUCUUUUUCUUCCCCCUCACAGCACCAGAAACUGAACCUUGUGAGUUCCUGCAUGACAAUCACUAUGACAGUGGGAGGAGUAGAUUGUGACGCGAAAGUUCUGGACAAUGAAAUUACCUGCAGGAUCCCUAGAAACGUAACCAUCAGUGAAGGACUGCCUGUGAAGGUAAGUUAGUAACUGGACACUAUGUUGUCCAUUGAACAGCUUUACAUAGAUUCAAGCCAUAAACAACCUACUAUUGGGCUCCACUUGGUUGUUUUCCCUAAAUGUGUGGUGAAGUUACAGGAAAACAAGACCGUAAUCUCUGGCAGCAGUCUUGGUCUGACCCACUGUCUCUCCUCCCCCAGAUCUCCAUCAAUGGGCAGGUUCACAAUGUUGGGGCAGUGGUCCUGGUCAGUAACCACUACAUGGUGGGCAUCGUACUGGGGAUACUGGGGGCCCUGGUGGCAGGGGCCGUGCUGGCCUUUGUAGUCAUGAAGCACCUGAGGAAGCAGAAGAAAGGUGGGUUUCCCUGUCUGGACUUUAAUCAGGCCAUCUUACAAAACCCCAAUAACUGGUAAUGGAACUGGUUUAAGUAGGACAUCAACAGCCAUGCACAGUGACAGUGGUAGCUAACAUUGUCUUGUUGACUUUUGAUGCGGUUCCCUACUCCUGUGGUUUAUGAUUGAAAACUCUUGUGACAUUUCCAGCCUCUCAGGUGGAGACCCGUUUGGCCCAUAACCACAACCGCUCCGGCAGCAAUAGUGUGGAACUGUCACCUGUAGGGGACUACAGAAGAGGUGAGACUGUAAUUGGCCAAUAUAACAUUUCACAUAGGGAAUCUAUCAGUCCAUUUUGUUUCUUGUUCAAUUUCUUUUCUUAGGUUUCAACAACAGUGGUUGAAAUCUACAUAUACUGACAUAAAUGAAUUAUCUACACGUGCUGAAGGAACUCUACUGACCUUGCCCCUCCCCACUCUAGUAGUCUUGCCUCAGAGGCCAAGUUCGGCUCUGGGAAGCCCAGUGGUGUUCCCCAGCCCGGCCUACGCUGCAGGCAGCAUGGACCCCACCCUCACCCCCCUCAUGCCCCCUGAGAAGAUCUCCAUCUCCAGCUUUAGACCAGAGCUCCUGGAGGAGGUGAAGGAUGUGCUGAUCCCAGCAGACAUGCUCAUCGUCCAGCACCACCAGAUCAUUGGCAAGGGUCAGUCACAUUACAGUGUGUAUAGCACACAGAGAGUGCUUUUUAAUUAUUAUUUUUUUGACAACAAUCAAAUGCACAUAUGCUACUACUCCCAUACCGUCUCUAGUGAUGUAUAAGAGGGUGUUAUUAUAGCAUAUAAAUCAAAUUGCCGAUUUUAAAGUUCAUGGAUCACAAUAGGGAUUUACACCCAUGAUGUGAUAUACUGUAUGUCGUUGAAUUUUGUUCUGAUGAUAAUGUUCUCUUAUCUCCCCCAGGUCAUUUUGGCACAGUUUACCAUGGCUACUUCACGGACCACAACAACAGAGAAAUCCACUGUGCUGUCAAGUCAUUG